UGCGAAUGGAGUCAGAAGGCGUAUCCAAGUGGCGAUGGGCACCAUGUGACGACACAGCUCACGGUUCACACGCAUGCCUGCGCUGAAGGAAUUCCUCGUGCGAUGGCUCGGCAAGCUCGUGCCCAAGGGCCCGUCGCCCGCUGACGCUAGCGUCCUCCCAGCGCUCCUCGCCGACGCGUACAGCGUCACGUCGUACCUUCUCUACGACUAUGGCACGGCGGCGAGCCUUGCAGCGGUGGCAGCGGCCAACGAAGCGCCAGCGCCGACGCGGCUCGCAAUCGUCCUCGACUUGGACGAGUGCCUCGUCCACACGCAGUACGCCCACGUGCGCUACGGAGCGUUCGUCGACGCCAUCGACGUGGCCCUGACGCCGGACAUUACAGUCAAGGUGCACAAGCGUCCAGGCGUCGACGCCUUCUUGGCGGCCUUGGCCAAGGAAUUUGACGUGUACCUCUUUACGAGCUCGGAAGCAGGCUACGCCAACCCGAUCGUCGAUAUGCUGGACCCAACGAGGUCGAUCUUCCGGCGCCGGUUCUUUCACAACGACUGUACACACGUGCGUGGCCUUGCGCUCAAGGACCUUCGGCGGCUCUUGCCGUACGUCAACCAGUCGCUCGCGCACAUUGUGCUGGUUGACAACAACCCCAUGUCCUUCUUGCCGCAGCCUCGGAAUGGCGUGCCACUGCCCAGCUUUGUCGACGAUGCCAACGACACCGCGCUUCCGCUCGUCCUCGAUGUGCUCAUGACGCUGCGGAGCGUCCAUGACGUGCGCGUCUGCCUCGACCAAGUGCUGCACCUUGAGAAAGCGCUCUUGCCGGCGACAGCGACACUGUAUCGCGAGGUCGAUGGCAAGCUCACACUUGGUCGCGAGCCGGGCAGUUGUAGCAGCAGUGGCAGCUCGAGUCCGAGUACGCCACCGUAACUUAUAUAUUACUUGAUUUCUAUGUACACA